GGGCGAGCUGUUGACAUGAAAGUUAUAAAUAAGGGGAAGUAUAAGCUGCUCACAUUUUGCAGUUAUUUCUUCAUAAGUGCAGCCAAACCUGACCGAGGAAGCCGCUUAACAAUACCAGCUCCAGAGAUUUUAGUGAUGGAAUCUCUCGCAGUAGCCAGCGGCAACUUCACAGUAGAGUUUUUCAAAAAGCUGAAUCAAUCAUCCCAAGGCAAAAAUAUAUUCUUUUCACCCUCGAGUAUGUCAUUUGCUUUGGCCAUGGUCUACCUAGGAGCAAGGAAGAACACUGCCACCCAGAUAGCUAAGGUGCUUCAUUUCCAUUCAAUAAAAGAAACCGAAAAUUCUUCACAGGAACCGGACCUCAGCAAAGAUGAACUUGUCCAUGUGGCUUUCCAGCAACUGAUUUCUGAAAUCAACCAACCCAGGGCCACAUAUUUGCUUAAAACCGCCAAUAGACUCUAUGGAGAAAAGACUUUCAAAUUCAUUACAGAAUACCUGCAGCUUGCUAAGAAAUACUACCACGCGGAACCACAAUCAGUUGAUUUUUUGAGGGCUGCAGAACAAGCCAGGAACCAAAUCAACUCUUGGGUUGAAAGACAGACUGACAACAGAAUCCAGAAUCUGUUGCCUAAAGGUGCCAUUGAUUCUCAAACUGUAUUGGUCCUAGUAAAUGCCAUUUACUUCAAGGGACAAUGGGAGAAAAAAUUUCAGAAAGAAAAUACCAUUGAAAAAUCUUUCAGACUGAGUAAGAUCCAAACAAAGCCUGUGCAAAUGAUGUUUCUACGGGACACGUUUCCGGCUUUCUACGUUGAGACCUUGAGAGUCUACAUUCUUGAACUACCCUAUGUCAGCAAUGACCUCAGCCUUUUGAUCCUGCUUCCUGAAGACAUCACAGAUGAAUCUACCGGUCUGGAAGUGCUGGAAAAAGAACUAACAUAUGAGAGGCUAGCAAUAUGGACCAGCCCAGAAAUGAUGGAGAAAACAGAUGUGGAGGUUCACCUACCGAGGAUCAAACUAGAAGAGAGUUAUGACCUCAAGUCUACUCUAAGCAGCAUGGGGAUGAAGGAUGCCUUCAAUCAAAACCAAGCUAAUUUUUCAGGAAUGUCAGCCCAAAAUGACUUGGUUUUGUCAGAGGUAUUUCACAAGGCCUUUUUGGAAGUCAACGAAGAGGGCACUGAGGCAGCAGCUGCCACUGCAGCUGUUAUUGUAACGAGAUCAGCUGUGCAGCCAAUAAAAGUUGAAGCAGAUCAUCCUUUUCUUUUCUUUAUCAGGCAUAACAAAACCAAGAACAUCCUUUUCUUUGGCAGAUUCUGCUCUCCUUAGAACACUUCAUCGCUUCUGCCACUUUAUCAAUAAUUCUGUGCAGAUAAAGGCUGGAAUCUGAAGUGCACUUAAUAAGGCAGGGGUUCAGCUAAAUUCAGUACUAUUUUCUGAGUAUAAAAUGCUUGGCAGCAAAGAAAAAAAUACUGAGCCCUAGAUUUAGACCUAAUGUUGGUUUUAAGGCAUACCAAUAUGUGCAAACUUUUUUGUCUUAUCUCUGAUAUACAUCACUGUUGCCCUGUUUCUUUCAAAAUAAUAAAGGGCAUACAUUUAUCAAAGAAGAAAUGGUGUCAGGUCACUCUCGCCUUUUGAGGUCCCUCCCAGAGCCCCACUAAUCAUGGUUGUCAAAACAAAUGUAGCAUGUGAUGUUUUUCUCCUGGGUUUGGAGUUUUGCUAUGAGCAAAAAACAAUUGGUGGAUGUGAUAUUUCAGUGAGAGUGAAAGCAUUAACAUUUAAGAAACUCAAAAAAAUGUGAGCUGAUGGAGUAUGUAGAAUUCGAAAAGAAAUGUGUAAACCAUGUCUUGUAAAACUUACCUGAAACCUUGCACCCAAUGUUAUAUUCACAGGGCAUUAUUGUUUAUUUUGGCAAAGCCAGAGGUCAGAGAAUGAGCUCAGUGGAAAUGCUCUCUAAAACAUAUGUUGGGAAGCAUUCACAUAUUUUUUUUAAAAUCCCAAGAUCGAUUAGCUAACUAGAUGCAUACCAUGUAUGAAGGUGAUCCUGUUCCAAAGGUGAUGAGCCAUGUUCAGAA